AUGGCCGAGGAACGGGUCAAUUUAGCUCCGGUUGGAAUCUACGGCCGAAGCGACGAAGAAAUCAGCCGGGAAAUUUUUCGGAAAUCAGAGGAAGAACCAGGCAAGUGCCUCGUUUAUGUUCUUGCAACCGUCGUAAUCUCCUUUGGUGUUUUUCUCAUCCUUGCCCAAAUCUUUCUCCGAAUCACGAGUCCGAAAGUCGAAUUGCUAUCCGUCUCAGUCCGAAACCUGCGUCUGGGUAACUCCUCAAAUCCUUACUUGAACGCCACGCUAGUGAAAGAGAUUGCGAUCAAGAACCCUAAUUUCGGGGACCUCGAGUACGUGAGCAGUACGGGAAGUGUGGUGUAUGAGAACAUCGCGAUCUUCGGACAGAUAAAGAUCGAUGGAGGAAGAGUUGAGGCUCGGAAGACGACAAAAUUGAACGGUAUCGAAGUGGAAAUCGCAUCGAACGGUUCGAAUACGGCAUUGGGAUUGGGGUUCAUGGAUCUGAGAAGCGUUGCUGAAAUUAAGGGCAGAGUUCAUGUGAUCGGAAGGAGAGAGUGGAAGAUAGGCCGGAUGAGCUGUACCAUGAAGCUUAACUUUACCGCCCGGCUUAUUCAGGAUUUAUCGUGUGACUAA